AUGCUGAAUGCGCUCAAGUCCUGUGACGAACUACCUGGUCUCUCGGUCGCAUUUCAUGCGCUCUCCGAUGCGCAGUGGAGACUUUACCGUAGUACCCGGAACCUCGCUGACCUUGACGCGGCGAUUACUACCACACAGAUUGCCAUUGAUCUGGCCGUUGAACUCGGACCGAGCUCUGCCGAUCUUCUAUUUGACUUCGGAGUUCGGCUCUAUACCCGUUUUGAGAUAAAUAACUCUCUUGAUGACCUCGAUCGUGCAAUCACGCAGCUACAAGACGCUGUUAUGUUUACUUCGGAUGCUGAUAUUGUACAGCCAUCACGUCUGACGGUUCUCGGCCGUUGUCUACGCGAGCGCUACAAGCACCUAGGCCAUCUCGAGGAUAUUAACGAUGCUGUCACGAUGUACUGUUUAGCAGUUGAGGGUGCUCAAGAUGACGAUCUCAACAGGCUUUUGCUUCUAAGCAACUAUGGUGCAUCUCUACUCGAACGUUUUGAGAGGAUAGAUGAUCCUGAGGAUAUUGCGCGCUCCAUCCAAGUACUCAAAACGGCUGUGGAUGGCAGCUCGGAUCAGGAUCCCGCCAAACUGUCGCGACUGAGCAAUCUGGGCGUUUCAUAUAUGCUAUAUUUCAAGCGUAAUGGGAAUCUCGAGAAUCUAGAACAGGGUAUCGUCGCGCAUCGCAGUGCUGUCCAGCUCAUGCCGGAAACGCAUCCCGACAAGCCGUCGCUAUUGACCAACCUAGGCCUCUCACUUCUCACACGAUAUGAACAGACAGGGGGGGUUGAGGAUCUUGAGCAGGCUAUCGUGGCACAAUGCAGCGCCGCUGAGCUCUCGCCGGAUGGGCAUCCCGACAAGCCUUCGCGAUUGAACAAUCUGGGCAGUUCCUUGACCAGGCGUUUUGAACGUACAGGUGAACUCGAGGAUAUUGAACAGGCGAUUGUGGCCCGUCGCAGGGCCGUCGAGCUCACGCCUAAUGUGCAUCCCGACAAGCCCUCGCGAUUGAGCAACCUGGGUAACUCGCUUCUCAAGCGAUUUGAUCAGACAGGGAGAGUCGAGGAUCUCGAACAGGCUAUUGUGGUGCAACGCAGCGCUGUCGAGCUCACGCCAAAUGAGCAUCCUGACAAUCCCUCGCUACUAAGUAAUCUGGGAGGUUCAUUGACUAGGAACUUCCGACAGACGGGCGAAAUCGAGAACCUUGAACAGGCAAUUGUGGCCCGUCGCAGGGCCGUCGAGCUCACGCCUAAUGUGCAUCCCGACAAGCCCUCGCGAUUGAGCAACCUGGGUAACUCGCUUCUCGCGCGAUUUGAACAGACAGGGAGAGUCGAAGAUCUCGAACAGGCUAUUGCGGCGCAGCGUAGUGCCGUCGAGCUCACGCCGGAUGGACAUCCCGAUAAGCCGUCCCGAUUGAGCAACCUAGGAGGUUCACUGACCAGGCGCCUCGAGCGCACAGGCGAACGUGAUGAUCUCGAGGAGGCUAUCGUCGGGCAUCGCAGCGCUUUGCGGCUCACACCAGAUGGGCAUCCUGACAAACCGUCACUAUGGAAUAACCUGAGCACUUCGCUUCUUACGCGAUUUGAACAGACAGGUGAACUCCAGGGCCUUGAAGAAGCUGUUAUGGUACAACGCGAGGCCGUUGCGCUCACUCCGGAUGCACACCCCAAUCGGCCAUCGCAGUUGUGCAACCUGGCAGGAUCCCUGACCUUACGCUUCGAGCGCACGGGCGAGCUCCAUGACCUUGAACAAGCUAUUGUAGUACAACGCAGGGCUGUCAGGCUCACGCCCCAUGGACAUCCCGACAGGGCAUCACAACUGAAUAACCUCGGGGGUCUCUUAAGUAGACUCUUUGAGAAGCUCGGAAAACGCGAUAGUCUUGAAGAGUCCAUCAUGUGUAUUCAAAAGGCUAUCGAACUGACGGCUAUUGAUCAUCCCCUGAAGCCCACACUUCUCGUUCAUCUUGGUCAGGGGCUAAGAAGCCGCUUCGAACUUUCUCGCCAUCUCGCAGACCUUACAUCGGCCAUUUCUGCGAUCGAGCUUGCUAUUGAACUCACGCCCGAUGAGCAUCCAAAUCUAUAUCAGGCUUAUGAUUCCCUUGCAGCAUGUUUGGACAGGCGAUUCGAUCAUCUAGAUGAUAUAUCUGACAUAGAACGAGCGGUCGCUCUAGCGUCAAAAGCGGCGGGGGUUCUGCCCAAGGACGAUCCUCGAGUAACUCUGUUAUUGGAUAACCUAGGUAGAAGGCAAAAAAAUCUCUUCAAUCAUUCUCCAUCUCGACCCAACUUCGACGCGGCCAUCGAAUCCUUCACAAGAGCGACUCUACACACACAAGGAACUCCUUUUCUUCGCUUCAAAUCUGCUCGGAGAUGUGUUCGAAUGAUUUCCCAGCAUCCACCUUUCAGCUCCUCAGACGCACUCCUUUCAGCUCACUCGCGAGCAAUCGGCAUUCUUCCUGAGAUCAUGUGGUUGGGCCAUGACAUCCAUCGGCGCUUCGAAGAGUCUUCCCAACUAGGUCAUCUCGUCUCUACCGCCGUGUCAGUCGCCACGCACGCAGGGGCCCUGACAAAGGCCGUAGAGUGGCUUGAAACGGGCAGGGCUAUCAUCUGGGCCCAAAUCUUGUCCUUACGCACGCCGCUUGACGAGCUUCAAAACAGGUGCCCCGAUCUUGCCGAAUCUCUGCAGAGUGUUCGUACACGACUUCAGCUAUCCGUCCAUGACACGUUCACGCACGACGUGCGCACCUUCAGUGAUAUUCCAGGCUUGACGAUCAACCGUGCAGCGGAUGACCACCGUCAAGCUGCCAUUGACCACGACGCGGUGUUGAAGCAGAUCCGCGUAUUUCCUGGAUUUGAAGACUUCUUGCUCCCGAAGACAUAUGAUGCGCUCGUCCUUCCAUCGGAGCUUCAGAGUGGCCCUAUCGUCUUCAUCAACGUUCACCCAGAUCACUGCGACGCGAUUGUACUCAUCGGUGGAGGCACAGCCACGGUGGUCCCGCUCCCCGACUUAACGUUCGUCGGUGCGCAUUUGAUGCGGCUCCUCUGGGCGAAAGGACUCGCCGGCUUCCGAAUAGGAAGAUCUGGUAUCAAGAUGAAUGAACUUCCCGAGGAGUGCGAUCUUGAGUGGAUACCGGACAUCGAAGUCAAGUCUCAACGGCAUACCGCCCUAGUAGUCGACGACGACGAGCUGAACAUCUGCGCGCACGUUAUGGAAUGCACCUGGGAGUGGAUCGUUGGUCCCAUCUUACGUUCCCUUGACCUGGCAAGUCUGAAACACGACGACCUCGCGCCUCAUAUCACUUGGUGCCCGACCGGACCGCUCACCCAGGUUCCUCUCCACGCUGCUGGGAAGUACAGCGAACCAGACGGCCCACGCGUAUUCGAUCUAGUCGUGUCGUCGUACACCCCUUCCCUCACGGCAUUGAAGCGGUGCGCUGAGGGGGUUGCAAAGCAGCAGGGCGACACGUCGUUGCUCCUCGUCACUCAACCGAGUACACCAGGGCUUUCUCCGCUUCCAGGUACCAAAGCCGAGACCCGCGUCCUUCAAAGCGCCUUGAAAGAUGCUGGCAUCGCAGUUAGCGCUCUCGACCAUGCGAGAGCGACAGUGACAGCUGUUAAGGAGGAGAUGAAGCAGCACUCCUGGGUGCAUCUUGCUUGCCACGGGUCGCAGAAUCGGAAGGACGCCACGCGAAGCGCGUUCCAUCUCUACAACGGCCCAUUGACCCUUGCGGACCUCAUGGGGACCGCCGCCGACAACGCAGAGCUCGCGUUCCUGUCGGCUUGUCAGACUGCGGUUGGAGAUGCGGAAACGCCAGAGGAGUCUGCGCACCUUGCGGCCGGGAUGCUCGCGGUCGGGUACAAGGGCGUCGUCGCGACCAUGUGGUCGAUCAUAGACGCGGACGCACCCGUUGUGGUCGACGCGUACUACAAGAAGUUGUUAGCAGUGAGAGGUUCGGGGAAGCUUGGGAAAGGGGAGACGGGCGCGGCUUAUGCGCUGCAUGAGGCGACGAGGGUUCUACGGGAGAAGGUGGGAGAGAAUAACUUCUUGCGAUGGGUCCCGUUUGUCCAUUUCGGCGUGUAG